AUGGGCUUCCAGGCCCAGGCCUUUGGUUCUGGGGAGGGCAGUGGGGUCAGAGUCCCAAUGGCCCCACUUCCACUGUCCCCAGGUCCAGGGAGCCCCACGCCGCUGCCGCCCCUGGCCCCCCUUCCUUGCGGCCCCUGCAUCCCCAUCAUGCUGGCCCUGGGCUCGGUGGCCGCCUUCUUCCUGCUGAGCACGGCCGUGCUGGCCGAACACCUCUUCCGCCGCUCCCUGGGCCGCAAGGCCUCCGCCUCCUCCACCGCCUCGGCCUCCUCCGCCGCCCCCGGGAUCACUCGCUCGGCGGGCUGGGUCUGGGCCCCGGGGAGCGAGCUGUGGAUCGAGCCCUCCGGGACGCCCCGCCAACGCUCAGAGGACUGGUACGGGGCUGCUGUGCCCCUGCUCAGAAGCCAAGACCCCGGCCCCUCCGGCUCCGGGUCCCCCCUCACUCAGGCGUCCGCACCACCGGCACCUUGGCCUGCCAAGGCCCGGGCGUCCACCCCGUCGCCCCCGGCCUCUUCUUUCAGCGGCUGUGCCCUGUCUGUGGAGCCAGGCCCCAGUCCUGGGGGGGCAUCCUCCCCACCACCCCCCAGGCCUCCAGACAGCACCUUCUGGGUGCAGCCCCCCUGGGAGGAGAGGCCCCAGGAGAGUGGCCUGGUGAUCUGGGGAGACCCGGCGGCCCCGGGAUCUGGAGGAGACUGGGGUGGGCAGCCCAGGCCCAGGAGUCCCGAGCCCGAGUGGGGCCUGCAGCCCCGGGUGACCCUGGAGCAGAUCUCGGCCUUCUGGAGACGGGAGGGGCAUGGGGGAAGACCCUGA